GUGAAAUCUCUACUGUCCUCUUGUAGCCAAGAUUUUAGCAUUGGUGGGAACUAUUACUACAAGAUUUCAUCUAGACGGAUUCGUCAGAAGGAGGUACAGAUAAUUCCAUGGGUGAUCAGUGAUAGCAACUAUGUCCGCUGUCCAUCAUAUCAACUGGAUCCUGCAAAGACUGUAUUUGUUGGUGCACUGCAUGGAAUGUUGAGUGCAGAGGGAUUGGCUAACAUCAUGAAUGACCUGUUUGGAGGAGUUGUGUAUUCAGGAAUAGAUACAGACAAGCACAAAUACCCAAUAGGGUCUGGCCGAGUCACCUUUAACAAUGUGCAGUCGUAUAGAAAGGCAGUGAGAGCAGCAUUCAUUGAGAUAAAAACACCCAAGUUUACCAAAAAGGUACAGGUGGAUCCUUAUCUGGCUGACUCUCUCUGUCAGCUGUGUCAGAUGCAGCAAGGACCAUACUUCUGUCGAGAUGAGAAUUGCUUCAAGUAUUUCUGUCGAUCAUGUUGGCAGCUCACUCACCCAAUGGAUGCCCAUGGUGGCCACAAGCCUCUCAUGAGGAACUCCAAGCUCCGUACACAAACCACUCUUAGCCGAGUUAUUUAAACUAAUGUUUGUAUUCUGAUGAUAAUACCAUCUAAUUUUAGUUCAAAAUAAUUGGCAAUUUGUGUAUUCAUGGUCCAUGUCCACUCAUAUGUUGAGGUUAAUGAAAGGGGGUGUAUAUUUUGUGGUGUAGAGGUGUGUGUUUUAAGAGACUGUACCAUGACUAAGGUGUGAAAUUUUUGUAUGGACUUGAGGUGGUUGACCUAUUGCCAUAUAUCAGGUUGAUUGUGGUGUUGGUUUAAUGUUUUACUGUGUGAUUGUCAUUAUGAUACUCUAUGAAGAGGGCAUUCAUAGUAGGUUGAAUAGGAUUCCAUCAGCUUUUAUUGGCUUGCAAAAUGUGGUUUUAUUACUGCCUAAAAUACUAUUAAUAACACAAGUGUUUUUAAUAUAUCAUGCUGAAAGCUGUAUGGAAGAAGCCAGUCAGCUUCAUAUUAUUUUAAGAUGGAACUUGCCAUUUUUAGUGCAGCACACCUAAGCACUUUUAUAUAUUUUUUUUGUUUUUAUUUGUGUCGGUCACAAAAGCAAAGGAGAAAGUAUCCAUUAGGUUUUUAGUUGGUGUUUCAUGCCAUGGUAAGAAAUUUUCAAGUUUUGAAUUCUGCUUAUUUGAACAUAGGAUUCUCUUUUUGUAUGUGGGCCAGUUUAGAGAACUAGUUUACAUUUAGUCUUAUUUUAUGGAAUUUACAAAUAUUUUGAUGGGCCCAUUGACAAUAGCAUUGAGUUUGGUCCAGGUUUUCUAUCUUAAAUUGACUUUCACCUCCCCAAGGUCUUAACUGC